AGAGGAGGAAGAAGAAGAAACAGAGGCAACGGAGCCAAUAACCGUUAAAGAGAUUCAGGAUGUAUGGACUUUAGGUAAAGAAAAGAUAGUCUCGCCUAUGGAAGCAGAAGUACAACAGAUGCCAGUAAUUACACACAUGCCUUCUCCCGAACCAAUGGACACGACGGAGGAACCAUUUUCUCCUGUGGAAUCAAUUCCUCAAGAGGACGAUCGACCCAAGAUUAAAACCUAUGCGGAUAUUAUCAGCGAAUCGUCUAAGAAACCAGAAAAAGAUCAACCUUCGAUAUGGGAAUUAUCUCAGCACGUUGUCCCACAAAAAGGAGCGAGUUCAAAGGCUUUCUUGAUAGCUGAGACUGCGGAAUACGAACAACCCCAACAUCAGAUCACGCAAAGCAGUCAAACGACCAAAGCGAUCUCUGAUCGAAUGCAAAGUUUUCGAAAUGCCAAACAAUCUAGUCAUCUUGGAAAUAUCCUUCAUAUCGCUCAUUUGGACAAAGUGGCGAAUGAAAAGUUGGCCGAAGAGCGCGCUGCCGAUAUAAGGAAAGAACUGUCUCACUUGAGGGACGCUGCUCAAGAGAAAGAUGCGAUCACUGUGGAAGAAACUCUCGUUGUCAUCGUAGACACAAUUUCCACUUGGUUGGAGACGAUCGAGUACAGAAUCUUCUUAAGCAAAGAAUGUCCUACAGGUCCUUCUCACGAUGAUCAGACCUAUGUCGAACUGAGAGACGAAGUGGAAAACGUGGAAGAGAAUAUUCAAGAGCUGAAUAACGUUUGGAAAUUAGUGGAGAUGAAUUAUCCGAGAGAAGAUCGUAAUAAUUUGCAGGAAUGUCUGGAUACUCUCAUGCAUCAGGUUAAAAUGAUCGAGGACGCGACUGACGAUGGGGAGAAAUAUCUUACGAACGAGCUUGCUAGAUGGGAUGAAUUCGUAAACGGAGUGUACAACAUGUACAGAUUAAUCGAGGAACAACGAAAACAUCUAAACAACAUAAUCGAGCUCGAAACAUCCACGAAAAGGAAGCUCGAAGAGCUCGAUAAAUUAGAGAAUAUGAAUCAAUGUCACAUGUGGAAAACCGCAUCGUUGUUAACCGUAUCUCACGAAUUAUUGCGGGAUUAUCCUGGAAAGCACAUCCCGGAAGAGACUUACGCGGCCCACGAGAUGACUAAGAUAAUCAAGCAUGAGAUAUGCAUCGAACGCGAACGACUUCUUCAGCUUCUUGCCUUGGCCGAAGAAUACGAACAAACUUUGCGAGAAUUCGCACAGAUCACCGAAAUCGCGGAGAACUUAUUAGAGAGUCCUAUCUCGGUGAUGAGUUUGGAACAUUUACAGGAGGAGAUGCAGAAGCACAGAAAAUUUUUCGUGAAUUUGAACCAUUGUCGAGGAAUCUUGGAAUCGUUGGAAGGCAAUCUUGAUCCGGAAACGAGAACCAAAUACUCGGAUCUUCACGAAGAGUUGCACAGUAGAGCUAUAUCGUUGUUGGAUCAGGCCGCGUCUAGAGCUCAGCAAAUGGCUCUUGCAGCAUCCAGAUGGAUUCUUUUGGAACAGGGGGUGAAGGAGGAGAGAGGAUGGCUACAAGUUGCUCAUCAACGAGUACCUGAUCUCCAAACAGUGACGUCGUCCGAUUACGAUCAAUAUAUCUCCUUGUAUCAGUCUCUGGCAACGGACGUUGCAACACAUCACGCAAGACUUAUUCAGCUUUUGAACGUAGCGCGAAGUCUCGAGGAGUUGGUGAACAUCGAGGAUCCCGAGGAUCGUUACGGAGAAGCUUUAGACGUGAUCGUAAAACUUCAAGAUAACGUGGAAUCGUCGUUAAGGAAAUUGCUGUCAUUCAAAGAGAGUUGGGUUAAUCAAGAAAUGUUAAUGAACCGAUUGGAGAAUUGGAUGACAUCGGUGGAGAAGGAAUUGAACAAUUUGCGCGAUCCUUCGGGAGGUCACAUACGUCAAUUCUGGGAAUUGAAAGCGCAAUACGAAGUCCAUAACAACAUUCGAGAGGAGGCUAACAACAGUUUCGAGCAAGCCUUGAGAAUAAUUCCCUUAUCGGAUGAAAUGUUGCAAAGACAGUUCCAUUGCGAGCUCCAAGACCGGUGGAACGACAUGACCCAACAAAUCAACACCAUUCAAGAACAAGUGACUCGAAAUAUCUCUUCCGAAGAGAUAUCAUCCAACGAAAAAUUAAAAUUACUCGAGAGAGAAUUGAACGAGUUACGAGUGACGAUCGAUGGAUUCCACGGUGUUUUGAAGACGGAGGAGGAGCUGGAUCUUUAUAUCGAACGCUUGACAGUCUUGUUCGACAGGAUCUGUUUGAUCCAAGACGAAUUAGGUCGUCUAGGUUUACUUCCUGUGGCGGAGAGCGAGAAGGUCGGUGUGUUGCUGUCCUCGGCUCGCAGAAUAGAGAGUCAAAUCAGCGAGGAAUUGGAUGCAGCGCAGUUGCUUAGGGAAAGGCUUCAGGCAAUUCAGCGUGGCCUCAGCCGUAUUAGAAAAAUCCAUCAACGGCAAUCAUCUAUAUUGGAUCAAUGCGAGGGAAGCGAACGACAGGGAAGUGACGUGGUCGCAGCUGCCGUGGAUCGAUGUCAAACGGUAGCUGACGAGCUUGCGGUCUUGUGGCAGGAUAUUAUGGGCCUCAGGCAAUUAUUACACACCCUGCCCACCGUGAUGAGAGUCUCGGUUUCUCCGGUCAGCGUGGAACGAGACAUUUCGAAUCUUCAAGAUGCUCAUACCGAUCUGGAGUCCAGAUGCUCGAGAUUGUUGGCGUUAUUGAAGAACAGGCUUGCCCUAUGGAGAAGAUUCGAGAAACAGCUGGAAAUGGUGCAGCAAUCGGUUCAGGAGGCUGAUUACAUGAUGGAGUUGUUAACCGUGCAAGGAUCUGUCGAUUACGACAGGCUGCUGAAAGCUACCGAAAGGCUAGAGGGUCUCAGCGGUGAUUUGGGUGCGCGAGAAGUUCUCAUUGGCGAAUUGCGAGAAGCUGCCGAACCUCUGCGGGAGGGUUGCGCUGCAGAGGUCCGCGAGAAGGUCGAAGCGGCGGUAAAUGAGGCCGUACAGGCCUGGGAGGAUACCAGGGCCGAAUUAGAUGCCCUUUGCACCAAGUAUCAGCACGCGUGCAGAUUGUGGCAACAGUACAAAGACUCGAGUGCUGCGGUUAAGGCCUGGGUGGACACGCAAAUGGACAGCGUCGCCAACCUUCCACCUGAAGAGGCCGUCAAACACAUCAAGGUUUGCGAGGAGACGAUGGCGGAGCACAAGGAAAGGUUGGCGGAGCUUCAAGGCCUGGUGGCGCAAAUCGCAUCGGACGUCGGGUUGGACGCGAGUGGACCGUUGCACUGCGAAGUGGAGGCACUUGGACAACGUCUCGAGGAUAUCCGUGAAACGUUAUCGUGCCUCGCGGAUGCGGCGCACGCCCGCGCUCUCAACCAAGAGCUCGCACGUGGUGAUUUAUGUCAGACGAAAAGUUUUCUGGAUUCGGUCCAACAGAGCCUGACCGCGGUGGGUCAGGGCGAGUCGAAAGAGCAACUGGAACUCCUCCGCAAUCAUCUUCUUGCUCUCACCUGCACGGAACCGCAGCUACAAUCGAUCAAGGAACGCAGCCUAGUGGAGGUAACGACGCAAGAACCGUCGGUUGUCGAGGUGUUGAAACUAUGGCAGAAGGUCUUCAGAGAAACCUUCCAACAGUAUCACCGCUUGUCGGCUCUUCUAGUCAAAACGCAGGAUGGUGCCACUGCUUUGAAACUUUGGCAAGAGUACUUGUUCUACGUACAAGAUUUCCUUUCCAACGAUGUACCCGGCGAUUACAACGGUUUGUCGGAGCACAGAAACCUCUGCGAGGUUCAUCAGAAUCUUCUCACCGAUCAACAGAAUCUCAUUCUCACGGUUCGAGCGGAAGAGGGGGGCAAUUUGUCGAAAACGGAACAAUUCAACAUUCUGACGAAUCAACACAAUGAAACUCUGGCCAAGAUCAUGGAGAGACACGCGGCUGUACGCGACAGAUUGGCCGCGUGGGAUCAGUACAAAUUGGAUCAGAGUAAACUCUUGUACUGGCUGAAAGAGAUCGAAAGAGAACGAAGCCAGUUACGCUUCAGAUUCAUCCAAAUACAGAGGUUGGACGAAAUUCUGCAGAGGAUAGAGUCAUUGCUGGACAAGAUACCCGAAGGCGAAGCCCAACUGGAAUCUCUGCAGAGGCAACAAGAGACGCUGCUAGUCAAAUGCGACGAGGCAUUAGCCGUGACCAUACACAGGGAUCAUGCGGCCAGCGUACAAAGAAUCAACAAUCUGAGCUCCAGCCUGGAGAUGUGGAGGGAUCACAUCCCGAGGAUACAGAAACGAUACAAGGAAUACGAGGAGAAGGCGAAGGAUAUCAAUAGCACGUUCACCGAGAUCGGUCAAGCUUUCAGUACUGCGUUUCACUCGAGUCCUGCUAGUUUGGCGAGGACGAAACAGCAAUUGGAAUCUAUACACCAGAUGCAGAACAGAUUGUCCUCAAUGAGCAUAGAUUUGGAAUCCUUGGGCGUGAUGAUACAACAAUUGAGAGAGGAUCUCAGUCCGACUGACGUGAAAUCGUUGAACGAGCAACGGGCGCUUUUCCGACUGCAGCACGAGGACCUGGAACAUCAGGCAGCGUUGCUGAUAUGUAGAUUGGAAGAGCGUUGCGGUCUCUACGAUCGGUGGAGGGACAGAUUAGCCAGGUUACUCGCGUGGAUAGGAGAAACUGAGAUCAGAAUCCAAGAUUGCGACUCGCCGAACGAGCCCGAAGAAACUCUCAAAAAAUUGGAAUGCGAGAUACAAUCGGAUAUCGCGUUGAAACAGCGAGAAUUAUUGUGGAUACAGAACACUGGACAAGAUUUGGUAGAAGUAGCGGAGGAAGAGGAGAGCGAAAGGUUGCAACGAUCCCUGGACGAGUUGAACGAGAGGUGGGAUCGACUGGUGGCUAUGGGAAAAGCGAGAGCUAGUAAAUUGAUGGACUUGAUGAGGACGAUGAGCACGUUGGAGAAGAGGAUAAACGAGUUGAGAAGCUGGCUGGCCAGCGUUGAAAGUCAAUUGUCGGAGACGUUCGUGGUCGAGGCGAUCGAGCAAAGUUGCAUCGACAAGAAGCUAGACGAUCACGAACAUCUUCAGAAGACGAUCGAGGCGGAAAGCGGAAAUAUCGGCGAGGUGUUGAAUCUCUGCGAGAUUCUGUUGAACGACUGCGACGCGUGGAAAACUUCCUUCAACAACGCGAUCAAGAGCGGAAUGGAAGGUUUGGAGCGUAGAUGGACGACCACCUGCGUGAAAUCGGCAGAGAGAAAGGGGAAUAUCAUUCUCGCGUGGAAAAUUCUGCAGGAAUUGGAGAAGAUCAGGUUGGAGCACGAAGGUUGGCUCGCGGAAACGGACAAGGCUCUCACGGAAUUGGAGAACAACUUGGACGAAGUUUCGAAGGACGAGUCUAAGAAGGCUAUCGAAAAAGCGAGAAGCAUAUCUGAGGACGUAGAGGCGCACGAACCGGUGAUAAAAAUAAUCGAGCAAAACUUUGGACGUUUAGCUAGAACGGGUCUAGAACCAGAUAAUCUGAAAUCGCUUAUCAGCGAAACUAGGCGGCUUAUCGAUAAAUGGCAAACGUUUAAGCCUAGAGCGAAUGCCGUUCUAUUGGCUCUUCAGAAAGGACAAAAGAAUUAUCGAGACUUUAUCACGGUGCACGGCGCGGCGGUCGUUGGACUGACGCAAGUCGACGUUCGAUUGACCAGGACGCAACAUCUGGCCACGCCGGAACAGAAAGCGUCGAUUCGUCGUAGGCUGCAGCAAUUGAACGAGAUCGAGGAAGAACUUCGCACUCAGAACAUCACGUUGCAGAAAGCGGAUGAAUUGGCGCUUAAGGUUAUGCAAGAAUGUCAUCCGGAUGACGUGGCGAAUAUCCAAGAACUGGUGGACGAGUACCAGCUGUUGUGGAAGGACAUCAAGAAGAGAGUGGCGUCGUUAAGAGCGGAAAUAGAGGGACAAGAGAAAUCUGAAGUCGACGAGGCUGUGCAAGUGGAAACGUUGAAAUUCGAACAGGACAGUGCGGUUCAAGUGGAUACGUUGCCUAGGUUAUUACGAAUGACUUCUAGUGACGCAUACCUAAUGGAAUUGGAAGCUGCUCUGGUCGAGUGCAGCGAUGCAUUGGAUACAUUGCAAUUAGCGAUUACCCCGGAUCCUGUUGCUGGACCUGGAUUAAAUGCGACUGCUAAAAAUAUCAGUAAAUUAAUCGGAAGCUGUCAAUCGUCGAUCGAGCUGGUUCGUCAUUUGCACAGUUUGCUCACAGAAGAUGGAAAAUUGAGCGCGCAAGCCGCCAAGGCUAACGAGGUGGCUGCGUUAACGGAAAGAUACGAAAAUCUUCUUAUAUUGGCGAGAACGCGAGAACAACAAAUCAGAGAACUCAGGUCACCUAACUCCGACGUUUACACCUCUCCCUGCGAUCACGACAAUGGCAGAUUAACCUGUCCCCUAUGUUCGCGUCGCAACUGGGCCCAAUUGGAGAACGAUCUUUGGAGGUUGGAAAAAUGGCUGGAAUUCGCAGAAGGCACCCAAAGCGCCCAACAUUCGCCACCUGGCAAUAUCGAACAAUUGGAGGAUGUUAUACAAGAUCACAGAGAAUUUGUGCUCGAUUUAGACUGUCACGAAAGUAUUCUUGCCGGUCUGAACACCGUUGGCGCACAUUUAGCCGAUCACUCGGAAGAACUGCUUCGAGCAACGCAGCUCAGAGACAGAUUAGCUGUUGCGAAUACGAGAUGGGUCAAGGUUUGCAAAGUGGCUGCGCAUUGGCAGGAACAAUUGCAGACUGCACUAAUGUCGAACCAGCAAUUCCAUCGUAUUAUAGAGGAAUUGGUUACCUGGUUGGAGAAAACUGAAGCUAAUAUACGGGCCAGCGAACCGGUCGAUUUGACCGAGUCGCCGGAAAUUAUGACUGCAAAAUACAAUAAAUUCAGGGAAUUGAGAAGUGAUUUGGAGCGAUGCGAGCCUCGAGUUCUGUCGCUUCAAGAGUCAGCCAAUCAAUUAUUGGACGAGAAAGGCGAAACCAGAGCACGCCUACAGGAACUUCGUCUCAGAUUGCAGUCCCUCCGACGGUUAACCGGGAUAUACGCUUUAAAAUUAGGGGCAGCCCUAGGGAUGGACCCUCGGGACGUUGGACUUGCAGCCACUACCUCUUCUCUCGCUUCCCUUUCACACGAUUUGCUCGACGAAGCUGCCUCUGGAACCGUUCAGCCCCACGACGCACCUGGCACACAUGGUGACGAUGGCGAACGUACGGUAUUGUCUCGGGGAUACCGUUUCCUGGGCCGCGUGUUGCGCGUUUCCCUGCCGAUCCAGGCGUUGAUGCUUCUAUUCCUCGGCGUCGCCUCUCUGGUUCCUUCCGCCGAAGAAGACUACAGCUGCAUGCUGUCGAACAACCUCGCCAGAAGCUUCACGCCAAUGGUCGUGUAUCCGAACGGGCCACCGCCGAUCUAACGAUAAAGAAGUCUAAUCUCGGGCGCGCCGACUUCGCCGGACCCAGAAGAACUUACAAUCGUAACAUCCAGAGGAGUCGCGGGAAGCGGAAGCGCGAGAUCACGCACGAUCUGCGUACCUACUUAACUAGUCUGUCGUAUGGCGAUCCGUCGAUGGUAUCGAGCGAUCGAUGAAUGAGAAAAGAUUUGUUUUUUUUCUUACAAAUCCUUUCAUCGAUCGGAAUGCUUCUUCAUCGAGGCAAUCGAGCAGUGAAUAGAGACAAGUAGUAAAACGUGUUCCACUGUCUCGAUGGAGGAAUACAUUGUAACAAAAAAUGGUCAAAGACACGUUCCUUCUACAGACGACGAUUUUACACGUGUGAUAUGUUUGUACUUGUGCGUAAAGCACGCGUUACGGACCAAAAACGAUCGUCAUUGUACGACCCAUAGCAUCCGUUUACUUACUCGUUCUAUACAAUUAUUGUGAUCUUGGUGCAAUAUUUGCAUAAUACUUUUCCUCUUGUCCCCGAAUAUCACGAAGAGUCGAAAAUACAAACGAUUAUACGACGAGAGACAGAGCAUAGAAGAAAAAAAAAAGGAGAGAUCCACGAGGACGUACGAAUAACGUACGAUCCUUCGAGUUGCACGGUUUAUACUCGAUGGAUCCGUUUCCGAUUUUCGAUCAUUUAGCCCGACAUUCCAUGUAACAUUACCGCGUUUGUAUUUAUACGAUACGUAUUGUAGAUAUCGUUUCGUUGACAAUUGAUUAGUUUUCCUCCCUCCCUCCAGUUUUUUUUCGUUUGUCUUUAAAAAAAAAAAAAAAAAGAAAAAAGAAAAAGAAAAAAACAAACGAAUGAGCGAGUGUGUGCGAGAGCGCGUGCGGACGAGAGAGAAAUGGAUUAAUGUCACAUGGAAUGCGCGAGAAAAAAAUGUUGACGAUUAAAUUAUAUUUACGAUUAUUAACGAAUAUUAACGAAUCGCUUGUAUUGUGUGCAGAAGAAAAUAACCGCGGAACGAUCAAAGGAAGACGGCAUAAUUAAUGUGUACGUACCGUAGAACCUUUCAGGGAGUAUCCGUGACUUUUACGUUAGUACGUAACGAAGAAAAUAAAUAUAUACAUACUUGUUCGACUUUAUUUUUUAUACGUUGCGUUUAUAACUCGAGGGAGAGUAGGGAAAGAGCGGUUCGAUUAUGAAAUCGAGAACGAAACGUCCACUGACCGAUUACUUCAACGUGAUCGCUUAACGCGAUAGUCAUUGGUGCUAGUUCGAAACGAUAGAGAGAAACAUAAUAAUUAAUAUUAUAAUACGAUUAUAAAAUAUUAUCAUCGAGAAAUGGUGUAAACGAAUUGUUUCUUAUUUCCAUUGUUUUUUCUACGAUUCCUUAAGAGAGAAACGAAGAAUGAAAAAAAAACGAAGAAACGAGGAUGAAGAGGAUAUAGAAAAAAACGAAAAGACACAGAUAGUAUCGCAUAAUAAUCGAAGUCGCAUAAUAAUGAACGAAGUUACCGACGACACCUCUGACGAGGUGCUUUUUUUUCUUUUUUUUUUUUUAUUUAUUAUUUUUAUUCUUUUUUUUUUUUUUUUUUUUGAAAACGAGAACGACAUACUUUUGGAUACGCACAAAAGGAUCACGAGUUUAUAUUCGAGGUACAAAAUAAGAGAACGACUGUAUUUAACGGCCCGCUAGUUUCGCUUCCUAAUUUAUCGAUAUCUUGCUUGCUACGCGAUCGAGCUUUGUUAUGUAUUUUUAUAAGGACAGAGCUUUCCGAAGGCGGUGUACAUCUGUCGAUGUAAUGUAAUUAUAAUAAAUUGAAACCUAUACAGAA